CGCUGGAGGGACGGCGAGGGAGGAGGAAGCCCCGGGGCCGCGCUCUCCGGCCGGGAUGCGAAGGUACCGCUGAGGCCGGUUGUGUUCCCAGCGGAGCUUCUGGCGGCCGCCGGUCCCGCCCGGCCGCGGGCGCUGCCCCCCGGGGCGGGGGCAGGGAAGAGCCGCCGUCAGCAUCCUCCGGGAGGCGAAAGGUGGAGCCCGGCCCGUUCCCGCAGAGCGUCCGUUCCUGCUUUCCCCGGGCCGGCCCCGUCCUGGCGCGGUGCCGCCGGUCGCCCCGGGGCUCUGGGGCCGGCUGCCCCCGCUCGCCCCCUGGGGCAGCCAUGCCCUCCCCCAGCGACUCCAGCCGCUCGCUGACCGGCCGCACGUCCCGCAGCCUCACCCACCUCCGCGUCCAGCGGACCUGGCUGCAGAUCCUGCUGGUGCUGGGCUUCAUCCAAGUGAUCCUGGGCGUCCUGAUCGUCACCUUCAGCCUGGUGGCGGCCACCAUCACGCCCUCCGCCAAGAUCCGGCAUUCCUGCCCGUCCUGGGCCGGCUUCUCGCUGGCGCUGUCUGGGCUCGUCGGCAUCGUCUCCUGGAAGCGGCCGCUCACCCUGGUGAUCACCUUCUUCACGCUGCUGUCGGUGCUGGGUGUCAUGCUGAGCCUCGCCGGGUCCAUCCUGUCCUGCCAGAACGCGCAGCUGGUGAAGUCCUUGGAGGCCUGUGAGAGGGAGAAGGACUCGUGUGUCUGCUGCCAGGCCCGCUUGGAGCCCCCACCCGCCUCCUGCAGCCAGCAGAGCGAGAUGCUGACCAUGUUCCCCAACCCCGACUGCCGGAGCAUCCGUGUGGCACUCAAGGAUCUCCUCUUCAGUGUCUGCGGCUUGACUGUCCUCUCCACCAUCGUCUGCACGCUCUCUGCUGUCGUCUGCUGCAUCCAGAUCUUCUCCCUCGACAUCGUCCACGUGCUGGUCCCCCAGCGCUCGAGCUCCGUGACGCUGGAAUGUAUGUCCCCCCCCGACACCUUUCUGCAAAGCAUGAUGGACUUCGAGGAGUUCGUCCCCCCAGUGCCACCCCCCCCCUACUACCCGCCUGAAUACACCUGCAGCUCCGAGACGGACGCGCAGAGCAUCACCUACAACGGCUCCAUGGACAGCCCCGUGCCCCUCUACCCCACUGACUUCCCCCCCUCCUACGAGACAGUGAUGGGGCUGCGGGGAGACAGCCAGGCCACCCUGUUUGGCUCGCAGCUGACGGACGGCUCGCACGCCUGCACCUGCGACCGCGUCCCCUCCAUCGUGCUCAGCGGAGAAGGUGAGCCCACCCCACCGGCGCACCUGGGGCUGGAGCAUCGGCACCAUGGCAGAGGGCUCGUGGGGCGACCAGCCCUUCCCGGACGCUCUUCACCCACGCCCACGCCGCUCCUUGCAGUGUCCAUGGACAGCGGGUCCCUGAUCAUGUCUGAGAUCAUGGACAUCCCCGGGGACAGCAGCCCCUCGGAGGACUCGUGCCUGCUGGAGCUGCAAGGCUCCAUGCGCUCCGUCGACUACGUCCUCUUCCGCUCCAUCCAGCGCAGCCGCGCUGACUACUGCCUGAGCGUGGACUGCGUGCAGUGCAGCCACCACGCGCGCAGCCCCACGCUGGGCUUGCAGGGCCCCUUCGAGGAGCCGCCCCAGCCCCGGGCGCGGGGGGAACGCUCCUACUCCUGCUCCACGGCGGAGCCCGGCCACGACGGCAUCUUGGUGGGGGGAGCCGGCACCCACAGCUGCAAUCGCCUGGAGGGGCUGUCCCGCUGCGUCGGCCCCUGCUUCCCCGAGGUGCGGCUCAAGGAGAAGGGCUCGCUGCAGGGGCGCGGGGGCGUCCGCUCGGCGGGGCCCGCCGCUGGCCGCCUCUGCCACCAGCGGCGCAACAGCGAGACCUCCUGCCCCUCGUCCCCGGCCCCGGGGCUGAGCCAGCGCCCGCUCGUGAGGUCGCACAGUGACCCCGGCGUCCUGACGGCCGGCCAUGCUGCAGAUUUCAGGGAAGUACUUUAUACCAAAGCACUGGAGGACACCUUGUCCAACUCCUCUGCGGAUACAGGGCUGUGCUCCGAGGCCUGCCUGCUCCGCCGAUCGCACUGUGACUCCCCGCCGUGGUUCCGGGCCGGCUCAGUGGGGAAGAACAAGCUGCUGCCCUCCAAGAAGGUGACGCAGCAGCUGUCGAAGACGACGACCCGCUCACUGGGGGACCUCAAGGUCUGCCGGGGCACCCGUGGGCUGGUGGCCAGGUUCCUGCAGAGACCCAAGCGUAGCCCAGCAGCCGGCACAGAGGUGCCCGGGCACAGCUCCCAAGGGCACAAGCAGGUUCCCUGGAGCGCCUGCCCGGGAGCAGAGCGGCCCCACGAAGGCAUCCACCUGCAGAGCUGCGGGGACCUGAGCUCCACCUCAUCCCUGCGCCGGCUCCUGUCCGCCCACCGGCUGGAGCGCAGCCGCCCGCGGAGCCUCAGCGGGACCUGCAAGGAGAGCGUGCUCUGACAGCCCACCCUCGCCGCCGCGGGGACCCUUCUCGUGCCCCAGUGCGGACAUGGGGGUCCCGCUCUGGGCCAGGACCCUUGGACGUUGCUCGGACGUUGCUGCCCCAGCAGGGCUGGGUCCUGCGCCGCUGCCCGGGGGCCUCGGCUGGGCCAGGGCGAGGGGCUGGUCCCCUGGGGUGUCUGCUGGGGGGCCGAGAUGGCCGUGCCUGUCCCCUGCCCUGUCCCUUCUGCCAGCCGUGCCUGUCCCCCCCCUGCGCUGGCCGUGCCUGUCCCCCACACUGGCUGUGCCUGGUCCCCUGUACUGGCUGUGCCUGCCCCUACCCUGUCACCACUGUGCCAGCCGUGCCUGUCCCCUGGGAUGGCCAUGCCUGUCCCCUGGCCUGUCCAGCCCUGCCUGUCCCCGGCCCUGUCGCCCUCUUGCUGGCCAUGCUUGUCCCCAACACCGGCUGUGCCUGGUCCCCUGUGCUGGCCAUAACUGUCCCCCACCCUGUCCGUCCCCCCGACACACACCGGCUGUGCCUGUCCCCUGUGCUGGCCAUACCUGUUUCCCGCCCUGUCCUCUGUGCCAGCCGCGCCUGUCCCUGCCUUGUCCCCCCCCCAACACCAGCCAUGCCUGUCCCCUGCCCUGUCCCCCCCUGCGCUGGCUGUGCCUGUCCCCUGCCCUGACCCCUGUGCCAGCCGUACCUGUCCCCUGCCCUGUGUGUGUCGUGUCCCCCCCUGCCCUGUCCCGUGACGGCCGUGCCUGUCCCUUCCCUGUCCCCCCCCACCCCCCCCCGCCGGCCGUGCCUGUCCCCUGCACCAGCUGUGCCUGUCCCCUGUCCCCUGCCCGGCCGUGCCCGGUCCCCGGGGUCCCCCCGCCCGGCUGCGCCCGGGGCCG